CAGACAACAGACAGAGCGCAAGAUGGUUCACAUCACAGAGGAUCUGAUUCGCCGCCGGGCCGAACACAACGAGUGUGAGAUCUUCUCUCUGGAGGAAGUGACUCUCCACCAGCAGCACCUGGAGAGGAUCGAACACAUCGAGCGCUGGUGCAAAGAGCUGAAGAUCCUCUACCUGCAGAACAACCUCAUCCCCACGAUCGAGAAUGUGGGUCGCCUGAAGAAACUGGAGUACUUGAAUCUGGCCUUGAACAACAUUGAAGUCAUUGAAAACCUUGAAGGCUGUGAGAGCCUCCAGAAGCUGGACCUGACGGUGAACUUCGUGGGUCUCCUGAGCAGCGUGGAGUCUCUGAAACACAACGUUCACCUGGCUGACCUCUACCUGGUGGGAAACCCCUGCUCAGAGUUCCAGGGGUACAGGAAGUACGUGGUGGCAACUCUACCCCAACUACAGCGUCUGGACGGGACGGAGAUCAGCCGCUCGGAGAGGAUUCGAUCCCUUCAGGGUCUGGAGGAGGUGAGGAAGGAGGUGAGGAAGCAGGAGACAGAGUACCUGAAGAGGAGAGCCAAGGAGAGGGAGGAGGCAGGAGAGGAGGCAGGGAACAAGGAGAGGAAACCAGGCUUCGACGGACGCUGGUACACCGACAUCAACAACACAGAUCUGAUUUUGGAGGAGAACCAGGAGAACCAGGAGAACCAGGAGAACCAGGAGGUGGAUGAGGAGCAGCAGGAGAAUGAUUUCUGGAACAAGCCGUGUUCCUUCACCCCUGAAUCUCGCCUGCAGGCUCACCGCCACCUGGAAGACAAGAAGAGGGCAAAGGAGAAGGGGAAAGAGAAGAAGCCGAAGCCCCCGAGGACGUUGAUCACCGCUGAAGGACGAGUGAUGAACGUCAACGAGCCCAAGCUGGACUUCUCUCUAACUGAAGAUGAAGUAAACAACACGAUUAUCUUAAACCUGGAGGUGUACAGACACAUGGACUCCUCUCUGAUCGACGUGGAUAUUCAGACAACGUACGCCAGAGUCAACGUCAAGGGAAAGAUAUUUCAGAUGUUGCUGCCUGCUGAAGUGAAGCCGGACAGCUCCACGGCGCUGAGGUCUCAAACCAGCGGACACUUGGUGCUCAACAUGCCUCGGGCUGAAGGUGAAAUCAAAGUCACAAAGAAAGUCCCACGUCCGCCCAUAGCGCCUCAACAGAAACGCAACAACUCGCAGGAGGACGAUAAAAGGAAGUUAAAUAAAGUUCCUGAGCGUCUGGAAGUCGACCCGAGCAAACACACAGCGGUCGAUCUGAACAUCGUGCGGAGCCUCAAACAUCAGGAAGCUCCGCCUCCAGAAGUUGAAAAAACGCUGCUUUUCUGACGGGUUUUGGGACGCCCCCGACGUUCCCCCCCGCUGAUUUAAGAAUUUAAUAUGAUGGAUACCACUGAUUCUGCACAUUAACUGCAUUUAUAUUCUCCUUUAUGAGGUUAAAAGACUGGAUCUGACGCCCCUUCUCACCUGAAGUCUGUCAAAAGUUGAUUGUCAAGAAAAGUGCUAUAAAAAUACAAUUUAUUAUUAUUAUUAUAGUGA